AUGAACGACCUGUUCUCCACGAGUUCGUUCAAGAAGUAUGCCGACGCGCCGCAGACGGCGGGGGGCGACAUGGAGGCUGGCGGCGAGACCGUGGCCAACCUCGACAAGUUCUUCCAGGACGUGGAGGCCGUGAAGGAGGACAUCCAAGGCUUCGAGGCCCUGUACAAGCGUCUACAGGCCACCAACGAGGAGACCAAGACGGCGCACGAAGCCCGCGCUGUCAAGGCCCUCCGCUCCCGCAUGGACGGCGACGUCGAGAAGGUUCUCAAGCGCGCCAAGGCCGUCAAGACCAAGCUCGAGGCCCUCGACCGCGACAACGCCAACUCCCGCAAGGUGCCAGGCUGCGGCCCCGGGUCGUCCACCGAUCGGACCCGCUCCUCUGUCGUCUCCGGCCUCGGCAAGAAGCUCAAGGAGACCAUGGACGAAUUCCAGGGGCUGAGGACGAGGAUGGCAGCGGAGUACAAGGAGACUGUGGCGCGGCGGUACCACAUGGUGACCGGGGAGCACGCGGAGGACAGCACCAUCGAGUCGCUCAUCUCGUCUGGGGAGAGCGAGUCCUUCAUGCAGAAGGCCAUCCAGGACCAGGGCCGCGGCCAGGUGAUGGACACCAUCUCAGAGAUCCAGGAGCGGCACGACGCCGUCAAGGACAUCGAGCGCAGCCUCAUGGACCUGCACCAGGUCUUCCUCGACAUGGCCGCCCUCGUCGAGGCGCAGGGCGCGCAGAUCAACGACAUCGAGAGCCACGUCGCGCACGCCAGCUCCUUCGUCCGCAGGGGCACUGUCGAGCUCGAGCAGGCGCACGAGAUCCAGAAGGACACCCGUAAGUGGAUGUGCUUCGCCGUCCUCGGCGGCAUCGCCCUCGUCGUCGUCCUCAUCACGCCCGUCCUCAUCAACCUACACAUCCUCACGCUCAGAUGA